AUGGAGGCAAAGUGCGAUGCAAACCUCAGCAGCUGGGAGUUCAAAGCUUGCCAGUUGUUGUCCCGACAGGCCUUCGGCUACUGGAAAGUCGAAAUCCUGGUUAACGCGCUGUCUGCAAUGAAGGCUCCUGUCGAUCUUGUGUGUGUUCGAUGCCCUUCGGAUGUUCGGCACAGGGCCGGCUACUCUCCAAGGCACAACCGCAUUUGGAUGUGUGCAAAUCGGUUUUGGAACCCCUUCGAGUUCAGAAGAGUUCUGGUUCACGAAUUGACGCACGCCUUUGACUUUGCCCGUGCCAAGGUAGACCCGGGCAGCUGCACCCAUAUGGCUUGCACGGAAAUCCGUGCCUGGAAUCUAAGUGGUGAGUGUGACCUGUGGCCAAACUCCUUCAAGUACCUGGGGGAGGACAUGAUCAACCGGAAGCAGCGAUGUGUGCGCGACGGCGCCCUUGCUUCGCUGCUGGAAAACGAGCGCUGCCAGGACAGGGGGCUGGCAGGGGCAGCUCUCCACGAGGCUUGGGAUCAGUGCUGGAAAGAUUACUGGCCCUUCACCACACAGCCUGAACCCGUCCCCAUGCCACCGACCAUUGUCAUGGAGAAGCAGUAUUGGUCUUUCUUGUCCACCUACUCCAUGAACGAGUUCAGGUUUGCAAUGAACAAAGGCGCCUGUAAGGUGGAGACAGGAGUUCCUAGUUGCGUGGGUUUACCCCUCACCGCCGUGGAAUGUGCGGCUGCAUGUGAGAAGAGUGGAACUUGCAUUGGCUUUGAUCGCCCAAACAUCUACGGCAAAGGCGGAUGCUGUUUGUAUCAUAGCGGUGGCAGCAUCACUUCCGACGGAGAACAGGGCAAGGCCUGCUUCAUCCUGGAGACUCCGGCGGAAGUCCGCGCGAAAGGAAGCCACCAUUUUGGCGAAGUUUGGAGGGAGCCCUCCCUUUACAGCACGAUGCACCUGUCCACUGGUGGGGAUGGAUCCGCCAAGGCAAUCAUGGACCUGUGCAUGCCGUGGUCUCAUUGUAGUUUCCGAAUCUAUACCUGCAAAGGCCAACCGCUCUACGCCUUACAUGCGAGGAUGAUGCAGAGUAUUGACAAUCCACUGCUCAGUGUAUGGGCCUACGAGGUGCGAAAUAGUAGCGGGCACUACCUUGGCCGAACCUCUGAGUUACAAAGUGGAUACCACCCAAUUGAGAUCUAUGAUGCGAGGGACCGAAAUGUCGUAACAUUGGCCACGGUUUGGUCGACUUGGUCGGCACUCUACUCCGGUACAUGGUACAUCAACAAUCAGUUCCCCGAAGAACCCAUUGAGAGGAAUCUGAUGGCUGAUGCGCGCUUGGUCACGUUCCUCGCUGCGCACCAAUUCGCUGCGCAAGGAUGGUUCGGUCCGUUUUGGUCCAUUGUUCUUUGGGUUCUCUUGAUCGUCGCCCUCUACUUCGGCAUCCAAUGGUGCAGGAAAGCAUGCGAGUCGGAUAGUUCCAAUGUGUCCAUCCUGCUUGCAGAGGCCAAGGAGAGGCUGGGUUGUGGAAAGGAAGAGGCCUCCUCUGAGGAGGAGGAGGCUGGCUGCCUUGGCAGACUUGGACACUCGCUGGCGGCAGUCUCCUAUGCUGCGCUAGAUGAAGUGUUUCGCGUGGCCAUUCCCGCAGACAUGGUGACUCCCGUGCAAACGUGGGGUGCUCUAGGAAACAUGGUGCCUGAGCAGAAGGAGUUCGGAGCAGAGACAAAUGCCUACCUGGAGUCAUAUGAGGUCUAUGAUCUCUUCGCUCAUCUCCUUCGCCAGGUUCUGGUGGAGAGGCCAGAGAACCCUAUCAAGUUUCUGCAGGAGUGUCUCAAAGAGCAGUCCAAGCUUUGCGUUUGCGUGAUGGGGCCACCGGGAGACUUCAAAGUCAAGCACAUUCAUGUUGGCAAGCUCUUAAGGGGCAAGAAGGAGCUAAAAAACAUCCUCGAUUCUGGGGAGCUGGUUGGUGACGACAUGGUUGUGGACAUUGUGAAGGAAGAGCUUAGAAAAGCCAAGCAUACUGGCUGGGUCCUGGAUGGCUUCCCUCGGACGAAAGUGCAGGCCCAAUCCCUGGCGGCUGCCAGCAAGGAGUUGGGAACCAGCUUGGACAGCGUGUUGCUGCUGGACAGCAGCGAGGACCUUGCUAGGCACAACUUCGCAGCCAAGGUGGAUGCUGCUGACCCGGCGGUGAAGCGAGAAGUGGCCGAGAUGCGCCUACAGCAGUACAAGCGUCAUGUGCUCACCAUCAGCGAGUUCUUCCAGAACUCUGUGCGCCGCAUUGAGAUCCAUGGAGGAGAGGACGAGCAGAAGAGCAUCUACAGCACAAUCUGCAGCAAUGUACAAUACAGAGCGUAUUCCAAUGCACCUCUUCGGAUGCAGCGGGUGUGCAUUCUGGGUCCAUGUGGCUCGGGAAGGACUACACAGUGCCAGCUGCUGGCAAAGAGACUUGGCGUGGUCCACGUAGACUUGGCGACGCUCCUCCGCGAGAAACAGGAGGCUGAGGGCCAAGAGGUGGACGAAGUGCCACCGGAGUACCUCAGCGACGAAGAAGCGUGUGCUUUGAUCGGGGCGCGCCUGCGCAAAACGGAUUGUGUUCGGAAGGGCUGGGUCUUGGAUGGCUUUCCAAAGACACAGGCACAAGCUGAGUUCCUCAGGCAGGCUCACUUGUGGCCAUCUCGCAUCAUUCAGCUCCAGGUUGCAGAUGCAGUGGUGGAAACACGAGUGUCUUCGCGGCGCCUAGAUCCAGUGACGGGCACCGCCCAUUAUUCGAACCCCAACAGUGUUGCUGUCCGGCAGCGAUUAAUCCGUUGCAAGCAUGACGAGGGCGAGAAGGUAAAGGAGCGAGUCAACAUGUUCUUGGACAACGUGUCCCUGGUGUCAGAUUCCUGGAAGCGAGUCUUCACCACGGUUCUUGCGGACGGCCAGCCGGAGGAUGUCGCCGCAGGCGUCUAUGAGAAGGUUGCCAAUCCGCUUCCUUCGGAGCUUGCGCAGGACUGCUUUGCUUUUGGGGCGGGGACCCAAACAGCGGUCUUUGAGAUGUGGACUUUGCGAAGGCAAGCUAUUCGAUGUCACAUUUGUCUCCCCUCACCCUCACGGGAACCAAGUGUGUCACAAUGA